AUGGCGUUCCCCUUGGAGCAGUCACAGCUACUACAGCACUUGCGGACUUCGUAUCUAUGUCUAGGAGAGGAUUCCGAAUACAUCAGCAAGAUCAUCACUGAGUGUGAUGGCCGGCAGUGGCGACAGCGACAAGAUGGAGGUGGUUGCCACCACGUCACUAGAGCUGUCUCGAAAUCACCUCCUAUUGCCUUUGAAAGCAACGAUCUUGUCAGUAACCGCCACCACCACCACCAGCAGCAGCAGGCUCACCACCGUUUCAGAGGAGGGCUCAAUGCGAAACCUGCCAACAAACGCAGAUUUCAACCGAAACUCAAGGACUUGGACUUGAAAGAAGAAAGUGUUCCGCGAAUACCACGCAGCCAAUUGGUGGAUCAAACCUAUCGCGACGACUCGCGUGACUCGUCGCUUGAUCCAACCGAGGAUGCUUCCUCCCACAAAAACUCUACUCAAAAUGACUUUAUUGCCGACUCGGUCGUUCUGGGGAUGGAGUGGACCAAACCGCCAACGACAGAAAGUUCAUCGGAAAGCAAAAACGAGCAAGUGCAACACAGCAAAAAGGGCAUGAAUCUAGCAGCUCGAUAUACAAAGGUGCCGUUUAUGGGAUCAGCGAAAACUAAACAGCCAAGGACUCGACCCAAGUCCAUGAUUCCUCUAGUGAAACUUUUCCGCAAUGGCAAGAAUUCCGAUACGGAUACAGACAGCAGCGAAGAAGAACAAGCACAAGCACAUCGUCGAACGAGCUGGCGACCGCACGAAAGCACCGUGAAUCUGCAUGUCAAUGAUGUCAAUGGGGGUGAUGGCGAUGGCGAUGGCGAUGGCGAUGGCGAUGGCGAUGGCGUGGGCGGUAUUUUCAGAGGCGAGAGCAAGCUGACAAAUGUUGAAGCUGACGCCAUCACCAUUGAUAGCGAUUUCGGCGUGCCGGUUGAUUCCUCGGGCCACAUUGUCAAAAACUACAAACUCAAGGGAAAUAUACCUGGCUCUUCGCCCGAUGAUGGAGAGGAGGAGGAAGGAGAAGAAGGGGAGGGAGAAGAGGAUGAGGUUGGGGAUGAGCAGGAAGAAAAAGAGAGAAUGAUAGUACUAAAUGAACAAGAUACGGACACGGAAUACGAAGAUGAAGAUGAAGAUGAAGGUGGAUUCUCAAACGAUUCCGAAUUCACCGAUCUUGACAAUGACUCGGUUUUGGAUUCGAUGCUGAUCUCGGAAACCUACAACUCGAGCAUCGCUAAAAUAAGCAACAACGGCAGUAACAACUUGCUUGAGUACAGCACCAAAAAUGGCAACCGCAAGAAAGGGUCUGAUGGUAUUGUCGACCAUACUGUACCCAAGAAUUUGGGUAACAUUUUGGAUAAUCAAGCCCUUUCCCUCGGAUACAAUUCGAAUUUGUAUAAUGCAAAACCUUCACCGGCAAUGAGUCCAGAGGCCCCGUCCUUGGAUUUUACGAAAAUCGCACCAAAAGGUGGGCCAAUGGUGCGUUCUUCGAACCUCAGUGCCAAAAUCAGCUCGAAGCACCAGUCCUCCAAUCCCCUAAACUAUUUUUCCUUUGUCGCUGAAGCCGAAACUUGCAACUUGGCCAAAAUAAACGUCUUUCUUCCACCAAAGACGAGCCCCGUUUUGUCUGAGUUGGAAAUCAACCGAAACGCCGUGAUACUCGAUUGCAUAGGCUACAUUUUGUUGAGCUUGUUCAAGGCUGCAAAGACAAAGGACCUCAAAGAUCUAGCCUAUUUGAACCCAAAUUAUUGGAGAUUGGAGCUUGUGGAUGAGGAUGGAGAAAAUUACGGCAGCUUUGGUAUAUUAGAAAGGAGCAGAGCUUUUGCUUCCUACAAUUGUCCUCGCGAGGUGGCCAUUUGCAGAAUUGAAAACCCAAAGGAAAUUGACGACAACAACAAAAUCACCCCUUUACCGAUGGAAUAUCGAGAAGCAUUGAAUGUCUUGCGUCGCAAGAGGAAUAGCAUUGAGCAAAUUGGCAAUGUCGAAGGUGAGCCUCAGAUGGAGUUUCUUAUUUCAAUCUUUGAGUACGACCACAGCAACAUUCCGGAAAAAGUGAGCUUUCUGGUACCAGCUGUUUACACCAUGGGUCAAGCGUUGAAGGAAUUUUGCAUGCUGCGAGGAUUGAUAACAACGAAAUACAGGUUCAAGGUUGUGGACGAGCUUGCUCAAAAAGUACGUUAUGUCAAGGACGUGGAAAUUUGCGGCGAGCUUCCCCUGAAAACCCUCGAGUUGGUUCCAUCUGAUGCCAAGUUUAAUUUGGUAUUCGGUUCAGAAAGAAACUUGCCAAUUUUAUCGACAAACACCAACAUCACUCCCGCCGAACUCACGCUUCCAAACAUCACGCCCAACAACGAUCAAUUGGCCAAGAAAUUGAAGGAUGUAAACUUGAAAGACAUUCCUGAGACUACUAAAACCACAACCCCAAGUGGGCUGGCUACUCGCAGGCAGUCGCAAACUCUGUCAACCGCUGGCGCGAAUACAACAGUCUCGGACAAGUAUUUGGAAAACAUACUCACUGGAGUCAAUCCCCUGUUGCCCACGAAUAUAAACUCAAUCUAUUUCAAAUGGAAGGUGAUUAAAAGCAACAGCAAAAUGAAGAAAAUGAAGAUCAAAACAUUCAACGAGAAAAGCUUCAUAAUUGACGGAGACUAUAUCCAUCUAGCUCCCCCAGACAAUUUGCUGAUGAAACAUGGGAGUGACUCUGUAGCGAAUGACUCCCAUUAUUACAAUUAUCACAAUCUAAAUCACCAAUUUGCCAAGGGGGCCGGUAAACACCAGUCGAAAACGUACUCUUUCCAUAUAACACAGGUUGUUAAGACUAAGCAGUACUCGAAAUCGCCCAGCCAUUUCCGAAUCUUGGUUCAAAAGCCUCAAUCAGAGGUCUUGGACGCAUCAAGUUCCAAAGAUGCAUUGAAGAAAUAUUACUUGGUUGCAGAAUCGGAAAAAGAAUGCUCAGAGAUUUUGAGCAAGUUGAAGUGGGUUUUACAAGUUUAUAGACUCUCUAGUGCAAAUUUAUAA